AUGGCCAUCUCUAAAACACAAACAGCAGUCAUCCAGACAAACGAAAAGUCAUCGCUUCCAUUGAUCGUAUCGCAGUCGGUACCAACGUUUCAACUGCCUUCCGAGCAAUAUGUACUGGUUCGUGUGCUGGCCGUGGCCCUGAAUCCUACAGAUUUCAAAAUGGUACAGCACUUUCCAAUCGGAGACAAUCUCGCUGGUUGCGACUUUUGCGGAAUUAUCGAGGCAUGCGGCAGCAACGACACUGCCAACCAAUUUCCAAUUGGAACACGAGUAUGCGGUGCGGUGUUUCCUUACAACCCCAGUCAGCGCCAAAGCGGUGCCUUUGCGGAAUGGGUGAUUGCCGACUCUGGUUUAUUGCUGAAGGUCCCGGAAGGUUGGGAUGACCUCGAUGCAGCGGCUUUAGGUGGAGUCAGCUGGGGUACCUCAGUACUGGCUUUUUAUGAUCCUGAUGCGCUGGCACUCAUUGGUCGUCCCACUAAGCCGAGUGAGAAAAGGGAACCAGUUUUGGUUUACGGAGCUGGCACAGGAUCUGGCACAAUGGCUUGUCAAUUACUAAGGCUAGCUGGAUACGCACCAAUUGCAGUUGCUUCUUCGAAAUCGGCAGCUAUGGCUAUGGAAUACGGCGCAAUUGGUGUUGCAGAUUAUACAUCCUCAACUUGUGCUGAAACAAUCAAACAACUCGCUGGCGGCGCUCCAAUCCGAUAUGUUCUUGAUUGCAUAACCACGGCGGAAUCAGCUGCACUUUGCUUCAGUCUUAUUGCCCGUACUGGUGGUCGCUAUGCUUGCCUUGAAGAGUUGAGACCAGCUUGGAGAACACGUCGAACAGUUCGCGUUAAGGAAGUCAUGGGCUUCGAAGGCCUUGGAAUAAAAAUUGAUUUAGGACCGACGGCCUAUUCACGCGACGUCAAUCUUACCCUUCGCAAAAUUUGCUGCGAAGCUACCAAGGAGAUUCAGACGGUUCUCGAUGAAGGGUUACUAAAGCCACAUCCUGUUCGUGAGGUUACAGGACAAUGGCAAGGCAUCAUUGAUGGACUAGCUAUGCUUCAGCGAGGAGACGUAAAAGGACAAAAGCUAGUGGUCAGGGUUUCUACGAUAUAA